UGAAAAUGGCAGCCGGCAGCUUGAGGUGUUGGCAGUAAGCAAAAUGGCUUGUUACUGUCUAAUGUAAUGUUCGCUAAAUUAAAUACUGUUUAGCAUGCGAAGUUGUUUGAAUCCCUGACUGAUUCCGAAGCAGGAAACGCAGUUUUAAACACUUCUAUCAUGGCGUUGGUGUACGAGUUUGUAUGGCGAGUUUUGCAUGCCCUUUUGCAGCUCCAGCGAACGAUUAUCACUUGGUUGCGAGUCCACGUUUGGAAAUGGAGCGGCAGGCUUUGGAAGCGAGCUACAGCAGCACUAUUGGUUUCCUUAGCGCUCGGAUUUCCAAGCCAUAAAAAGAUCGGAACGCAAACUGCCAAACGUGUUAGUCGCCGCGUUCGUUUGGGAACCGACGGAAAGGCUUUAGAGAAGCUGCCUCUUCAUGUUGGCUUGCUAAUAGUCGAAGAUGAUCACCAGUACACAGACAUAGCGAAUCUCGUCGUCUGGUGUAUGGCAGUAGGCAUUUCAUAUGUCAGUGUAUACGAUAAUGCAGGGGUCUUCAGGAGGAACAAUUCCAGGCUGAUGGAGGAGAUUAUGAAGCAGCAGCGGGAGCUCCUGGACCCGGAGAAGCGCAGGACGUCGCUGGAGCUAAUCAGCCACUCCUCAGAGCAGCAGGAACCAGUGUUGUCAUGUCAGACAGUGGUGAAGGUGUUGUCUCCAGAUGAUGGGAAGUUGAGUAUCGUGCGUGCAGCUCAGCAGCUGUGCAAGUCUGUGGAACAGAAGGAGAGGACAUCCACAGACAUCAGCGUCCCACUGCUGGACUCCUUGCUGCGGGAAUCGAAAGACAUACCAGACCCAGACCUGGUGAUGAAGUUCGGCCCAGUGGACAGCACAUUGGGCUUCCUGCCAUGGCACAUCAGACUUACAGAGUUCAUCUCUUUGCCUUCUCACAAAGACGUCUCGUACGAGGACUUCCUCAGUGCCCUGCGGCACUACGCAGCCUGUGAGCAGCGGCUGGGCAAGUGAGCAGCACGACCCGCUGGGCGGAGCUAAAUGAGCAAGCUGGUGAAGGAGAGAGGAAGAAUGGGAGGGGAGGAGUGGUUUGACCCUCUGUCCGUGUUUACAGUGGAAACAGCUGAGCAUCAGCGUGUGGAUGUGACAUCCUGACCUCACACACACACACACACACUCACACUCAUGAGCAACAGAUGGUUGUGCGUUUGUGUGUGUGUGUUUGCAAGCGUGAGUGAGUGAGAAUGUGUAUGGGUGCAUGUGAGCGAGAGAGAGCGCGAGAGUUUAUCUCACCUGCUGCUGGGUGCAAUGUGCUGUAUUUACCCUGCCAAGGUAACUGUGCAUGGAGCAGAACAUUCUCUCACCUGAAGGAUAUCCACCACUGCCCCAUGCAAGCAAGCACGUCUGCCAGUCCGUCUCAGAGAGAAGCCCCCCGACCGCCAGGGACACGGUUAGCAAUAUGGUGUAAAUCUCCUGGCUCUUGCUGUCCUCUGCUGUAGGCCUGAAGCGGGCUGUGUGUUGAAACACUGCGGUGUGAGACACUGACUAAGCCAGCCAUGUGCACUGAAUGUUAUGAUGGGGACACAGUCAGCAGCUCUCCAGACUCUGUGCCUGAUCGGUAAGGAUGCUUCCAAGUAAUCUGCUACAUUCUCAAUGAACUGGGCUUCAAGUCUAGCAACUGCUUUCGGAACAGUAUGUGUGUGUGUGAGAAAGAGCCCACAUGUGUAUAAUUCUGCAUGUGAAAUGUUUUAAAUGUAAAAGUGAGCUUUCAUUGAAACGUUGUGUGCGUGUGCGUGUGCGCGUGCGUGAGUGUGUGUCCGUGCGUGCAAGCCACUAAUGAUUGUACAAAAUGUCAUGUUGAUUUACAGUUUGAUAGCCUGGUUUGUCAGCAAAAUUUUGUGUUGAUCAUUUUUUCAUCAAUUCUUUUUUUUUUUUUUUUUGUAUGCCACAUUUUGUGAUCUUUAUUGUUCCAUCCAGUAGCAUAAUUAAGACUUGCUGAAAAAUGUUUGGUCAAACCUGGAAAGUCAACAGAUGUCAAUAAUCUGAUUCAUACCAGAUUUCUCACGGAAGCACUACAUCGACUUUUACACCAUACUGCUAACCACAGAAGCCAGCUGGUUUUAUUUGUCACUAGUCUUAAUGACAGUUUGUUAGUAGUGACUUACCAUAUAGGAGAGUUGAUAUAACAGUGUCCAGUGUGAAUGCCCAAUAAAUGUUACUGAAACCCCAAACAAGCCAAGUCUGACCUCACUUCUGCUACAAUUAAAUAGCCAGUUGUUAAAACUCAUUCCUCACCCGUCUCCUGACGAUUAAAACCAAUCACCAAUACAACCCUUCCAAUUAGGUCGUCUCUUUGCCUUCUUUUUAUUUUUUUUAUUGUCAAGUGACAGACUAUCAGAAUUGUUCAGAUAUUUUCUUUAUAUGCCACCAUUAUUAAUGAAAAUAAGGUAUUUGCCAAAGUACAAGAGUCAUUCUAUUCUGCGUAUAUGAAAUUAGUGUCUCCUGUAUCAACCGUGCCUGUCAGAAAAGACAAGAAAUGACAACAGAAGUGUAUACAUAAUUAAAAUGUGAGUGUUUUGGUAGAAAGCUCAUUUUCUUAUUUUUUUGUAUAGUCAUGAGAGUAUGUCUCUAUAUCUAGUCCUACAUAAUUGUGACUUGUCUAAUGUUCAUGUUGCUCAACACAGGAGGUACAGCAAAAGUUGCAACAAGCUUUAUACUGAUUUGGUGCUUAUACUUGUUUACAUUAGCCUGUGUUUUGAAGGUUUUUGCAGUAAAAAAGUACUUAAUAUACCCUAAUAUACCCAAAGUUGGGUUUCACUUGAAGCUUGUUAGGAUUCUAAUAAAAGUGGCACCCUUUUUGUCAGUGUU